AUCAUCGGGUCGGCAGACGCUGCCUUGGAAACGACAUAAAUCCAGUCCACGCGAGCAGGGGACCCAGAUUUCUCCACUUCAAAGGCUUCCACUCCUCUUCCUCCUCCAUCUAUCUGUCCAUCCAUCCACCCAUCCAUCGAUACGGCCCCUCCGCUCCGAUCCUUGAUCAUGGUCGGUCCAAAAUGAAAUGCGGGACCGGGAGAGAAGAAAACGGCAAGAGGCGUUUAAAUAACCGAGAGAGCAGCAGGGAGGAGAAGGUGACGGGAGAGCCCGCAGCCAGGUAUAGGCCAGCAUGCCAUUGGUGAAGAGGAACAUUGAGCCCCGGCACUUGUGCCGUGGGGCGCUACCAGAUGGGGUGACCAGUGAGCUGGAGUGCGUCACCAACACUACACUUGCAGCCAUCAUCAAGCAGCUGGGCAGUCUAAGUCGUCAUGCAGAGGACAUUUUUGGAGAACUGUUUAAUGAAGCCAACAGCUUCUACCUGAGGAUGAGCAGCCUGCAGGAGAGGGUGGACCAGCUGGCUGUGAAAGUCACCCAGCUCGACUCUACAGUGGAGGAAGUCUCCCUGCAGGACAUCAACAUGAGAAAGGCCUUUAAGAGCAGCACCAUUCAGGACCAGCAGGUGGUGUCAAGGACCUCUGUGCCCAACCCUGUGGUGGAGAUGUACCACCGCUGCGACAAACCUCCACCGCUCAAUAUUCUCACCCCCUACAGGGAUGACAAGAAGGAUGCCCUGAAGUUCUACACUGACCCCUCCUACUUCUUCAACCUGUGGAAGGAAAAGAUGCUGCAGGCCACAGAGGACAAGCGCAAAGAGAAGAGACGGCAGAAGGGCUGUCCGGCCCACCCUGACAGGCCCCACUCCAGACAGGCCCAACCCAGGAGCCCCCUGUCCAUCUCUGAGCAGCAGAAGCAGGUUGAAGACCCGAGCAGAGAGGUGAAGAAGGUGCGCAAGGCUCGUAACCGGCGUCAGGAAUGGAAUGUCUUGGCCUAUGACAAAGAGUUCAGACCAGACCCCAGACUCGCUCCCUCCCCUUACCACGGCAUGUCCUCUGAAGGCUCACUGUCCCCUGAUAGCAGAUCAAUGGCGUCCGACUCCUACCCAGCCAGCCCCAACCACCCCUCCACCCAGGCCCCCAGCACUGCCCACCCCACUGACCACCACACCAGGGAUCACCUCAGUGCCACAGCCCAGACGCAGUCACUGGAUCGGGGCCUGAGGCCAGCCAACCAGCCCCUGGGAGCAGGUGGAGCGGCAGCAACAGGUCGACAUGUAGCCUCCCUGGGCAGGACCCCCUCGGGACAUGGAGUCCAGGCUGGAGGAGAUCCAACAGUCAACGGGCCAAGGCAGCAGUCAGUUAAGGACUACCGGGCCGGACAUGGAGGUCAGCCCUCCACUAUCCCCGAGUACUAUAUCCCGCCGGCCCCUCCCCCACCCCCUCCAACCAUCCCUUCUGCCCAGACAGCCUUCGACUCCACCAACGCCCCACCCUCUGCCACCUCCGCUGUCCCACCGACCUCUUCCACCCUCUCCCGUCCCUACUCACCCUCUCCUCCUCCUCCCCCGGCCAACUACGUGCCCUCCCCCUCCCACCCGCCUUCAGGCGCGCCCCCGGCAGCCCCUCCUCCUCCUCCUCCCGGAGCCCCCGUGGGCCACCAGGCGCACCCCUCCCCGCCACACGCCGCCAUCGGUCAGUCAGCUGUGGACGCUGCACCCUCGACGAGGAAGUCCACCAUGCUGGGCAUGAUCCCGAUGAGCGACGCCCGCUCCGACCUGCUGGCCGCCAUACGUAGAGGUAUCCAGCUGAGGAAGGUGCAGGAGCAGAGGGAGCAGGAGGCGAAGAGGGAACCCGUUGGUAAUGACGUGGCCACGAUCCUAUCGCGCCGUAUUGCUGUGGAGUACAGCGAGUCUGACGAUGACUCCGAGCUCGACGAGAACGAGUGGUCUGACUAAAAAGAAAAAAAAAGGGGAGAGAUGAAGCGGGGAGACUUAAAGGGGGAGAAAUGUGAUGUUAAGUUGGAACUUAAGGGAUUUGGUUAGUUUUAAUGUUAAUCAUCAACUAAAAUGUUUUAUUUAAAAAAAAAAAAGGUCAGUCAUACAUUUUGCACACUGCCUCUCUGAACACUGAGCAGCGGGUUUAACGUAAAGCUUGCUCAGUUGCCCUCGGAGAUGCCUGUUUGUGAACUUUUGUGUCUGACCACCCAGGGUGUUUGGCACAAUAAACACACACACUAUUUUAGCUCCCGGCCUCCCCUAUCUGCUCAUUUUUAACCAUUAACAACACUCAGAAUGCAGCAACUCCCCUACACGUUCUUUUAGCAAUAUUACAGGCUCUGUAUGUAGGUGGGCCCCUGGUGAGUGUGGGGGUGAUGUGUUUACAAAACACAUGGUAUAGCACAAGACAAACUAAUUAUAGUGCAAUCCUAACGUCUCUGCCAAAUGAUGAGAAAGAAUUUAUGAAAAUAAGUAAGGAUAAUCAGGGAAAAAAAAUAGCUUAUUAGCAAAUAACUCGCUAGCUUUCUGGGUCAUGUCUGUUUAUGAAACAUGCACACCCUCCUUAAGAGACACUGACCUUUUGGGAGUUUGGCUCAUCUUAAGCAUGAGACAACAGAAUGAACAUUAUCUCUGUGUAGUGAACUGUCAUGCAUGCUAACAGUGGAGAUGGUAAUGUAGCUCUAGCUAACAGAAUUGAAGCUGCUGGGUAUUUUUUACAAAAUAUAUAAAAUCAGGGAUAAAGCUUCUCCGUGGAGGUGCGUAAAGCUGGAGAAGAUCUUGUCUAGAUCUCCAGUAGUUUAUGCUGCAGUCACACUAGAGAAAAAAGAGGUUUGAGAGCACAGCGCAGCCAAAAUUGGUGCGACUGUGGGCAUUGAACUUGCAAUCUCACUGCCUUUGAUCUCUUUGCUUCAACGGCGGGGACCCGGUGUUCAACCACUCACAGUCGGUUGCCAUCUUCAAAGCAACUUUGGUGCGUAGAGACGCCAACAACGUGCAGUCAGUCAGCUAUCAGUCUGCUAUUGAAUGGGGUCAAUUGCAAUUACAUGCAAUCUGUGGUAAUACAAAAGUUUGGCAAAGUGGUAAAAUUACAAACCUGUUGCUGCCUAUACAGUAUGCACAGAAAUUCACAUUAAACAGGAACUCACAUUUACUACUUGCAUUCAGAGUCCAGAUUUGAAACAGAAAUCCAGAAAUUCCUCCACAAAUAGUGAUGUAGUUGCUGCACGAUGGUGAUUUAACUGCAAAAUGACAUUUAUUGCUCAGAAACCUUGCUUUUAUAUGGGAAUAUAACCAGUAUUUAACCAGUUUAAUUCAGUUUUAUUUAUAUAGCGCCAGUUCACAACGACCGUCCCCUCAACGUGUUUUAAAACUCGUUGGCAGACUGUUGAGUCGAGUCCCCUACUGCAAAGAGACGCGUCAUAGAUGAGUUACCCUCAUUGGUGCAAACUGAGAUUGAUUCCAGCAUGUUGUCGAUCUGUCUGUGUUUAUAAAUUAGAGGGCAGUAAACCUUUGCCAAUCUGUCUGAGUGAUUGCAGUCAGUCCACGUCAGCCUGCAUUUGUUUGGAGGCAGGUUGCCUCCCACCUGGCGACCUCUGCAGUCAUCAAUUGAAAAUGGUCAACCAGAGGUUGAGGGUGUUGCAUGCUUAACCUCUAGGCCACAAAUUGGUCACUGCAACACUUGCAGUCUGUUUCUGAAUACAAAAAGAUUUCAAUGCAAUUAUCGGGCAACCACCUGCUUUUUUUGUUUUGUUUUGUUUACCCCCAGCCACAAGGAGGUUGCUAUUCUUUUUCACUCUAGUGUCACUGACGCGUUAGCAUACUGAGGUAAAACGAAUGGCUUUUUCUUUUUGAUUUAUAAAGGGCUUAUGAAACACAUUAUUACGAAAUGAUUUCAAAGCUACACAGCAAUAAACAAGUUCUAGUUAGCAAUGCUGGACAUGUACACUCUAUAUAAUAUAUGGAAGUAUCAUUGGUUAGUGAAGUCCCAUCAUGAAGCCUAGAGCUGAGGAGUUUUUGCCAAGGGUAACAUCACGACUCGUGAUUAUCAAGUCUUUGGACAGUCAUCCUUUCUGACUGUAAUAAUGGCACAGGAAGAGCAUGUAAACUCCACAUAGAAAGGCCCCAGCCAGACAGUGGAUUUGAACCCAGGACCUUUUUGCUAUGAUGCUUGCUACUUUCCCACCGCCGAGGUUCCAGAGCCGGAGCAAGUUCCCAUGCUGAUCCCAAGGAACCGACGAAACGAUUAAGAACGGGCCCGCGUUCCCACCACGUUUCUGUGAACUGCUCCUUUACGUAUGAGUGUGGGCGGGUCCUCGUCUGGACACGGAAGCCGAAGCGCACAAACGUGGGAGAACACGCUCUC